AUGUCUGUUACAGACUUUAAAAUAACUGAGGAGGAAGUACCCUUACAUCACAGCAUCAAGAAGGAGAAAACUGUAAGACAUACUGUUACUUCAAUUCAUCGUACUCUGUGAAAAAAAAUUCGGGUUGGAAUCUGUUUGCUUUUGGUGGAGUUGUGUGAGAAGUUCACUUUCUUUGAAGUCAUCUGCAAUAUGAUCCCCUUUUCCACUGUCAGGCUUGGCUACUGCAAUUACCAGGCAGCCAUUCUGAACUUGUGUUUUAUCGGAACUUCAAUACGUACCCCUGUGUUUGUGGGAUGGUUUGCUGAUGUCUGUCUAGGAAGAAACAAACUGGUAUACAUUUGCUUAUUUCUACAUUUACUAGGUACUGCUUUGUUAUCUAUGGCUGCUUUUCCCUUGGAAGAUUUCUAUAUAGGUACUCACCAUAUGGUCAAUAGAAUACCAAAGAAGGAGCAGAACAGGCUGUUUUACGUAGCACUGUUGGCCAUCUGCCUGGGUACGGGAGGAAUUAGAGCCAUUGUUUGCCCACUGGAUGCUUACAACCUCCAGGAGUAUGGAUCACAGAAUCGAAUGUCUUUUUUUAACUGGUUUUGUUGGAUCAUGAACCUAAAUGCAACUGUUGUCUUUUUGGGAAUAGCAUACGUUCAGCACUGAGGGUCGUGGGCCCUGGUUUUACUUGUUCCUUUUAUGUCUGCACUUGUGGCUCUGACAACUCUUCAUAUGAUGCAUUAUAACCUGAUUUAUCAGCCUGAAAAAUGUUGCACCCUCCUCACAACUUUUGGACUGUUUGUUAAUGCACUGAAAACAUGUUGUCUGCAAUAUUGCCAUCUUCGUGGAGAUGUGACAAGCUGGUUAGUCCAUGCCAAGGAAAAAAAUGGUGGCAACGACAGAGAGCACCAAGUGGAAGACACAAAAUUUUUCUUGCCUCUUCUCCCUCUUUUCGUUUUUCAGCUCCUUUACAAAAUGUGCAUUAUGCAGAUUCCUUCCGGAUAUUAUCUGCAGACAAUGAAUUCCGACCUGAAUUUGGAUGGGUUUCUUCUGCCCAUUGCAGUAACGAAUGUCAUCAGCAUCCUGCCACUGUGAAUCCUGGCUCCUUGUAUGGAAUAUUUCAGCACUUGCCUAUUUCCCGCUAACAGAGAUGGACUAUUUCUGUCAGCAUGUAUUAUUGCUGGAAAUCUUUCCGCUGUACUGUCUGUGAUGGUUGCUGGCUUCUUUGAAAUACACAGAAAGCACUUUCCUCCAGUGGAACAGCCUCUUUCAGGCAAAGUUCUCAUUGUUUCCUCCAUGCCCAGUUUCCACCUCAUUUUUCAAUACAUUUUACUUGGAGUGGCUGAAACACUGGUCAACUCAGCCUUCUCUGUAAUAUCAUACAGAUUUGUUCCAAGUAACAGGAGAGGAAACUUUAUGAAUCUUUUGACACUGUUCAACGGAUUUGGCUGUUUCACUGGGGCACUGCUGGUAGAGUUGGUAUAUCUCAUCUCUGAAGGCAAUUGGUUUCCAAACACAUUAAACAAAGGCAAUUUAGAAAGCUUCUUCUCCUUCGUGGCAUCAUUAACAUUGUUGAACGUCCUGGGAUUCUGGAGUAUUUCACAAAGAUAUUGUAAUCUAAAUCAUUUUAAUGCCCAGAACAUCAGUGGAAGUAAUCUUGAAGAAACACUUCUCCUCCGUGAAAAGUCUCUGAAAUUUUAUGGCAGUACGCAGGAAUUUUCUUCGAGUAUUGAUUUUUGGGAGACAACCCUAUGA